ACCGCAUUGUUACCUUCUUGGUUACUAUAAACUAACGUGGUUGUGUGAAACUGAAUCGAACGUCGACUUUAAUGAUUUAAUGUACUUGUAGUCCGGAACAUUUAAAAUAAAUUAAUAAUACAAAAAUGAGGGACACGGUUGUGUCCAAUUGCGAGGCCAGGUUUCUCAACCAAGCGAUCGACAACAACUUGCGAUUGGACGGCCGGCAGUUCGACGAGUACAGGAAUUUGGAAUUGCAUUUCGGCUCUGAAUAUGGAUGUGUUUAUGUUGCCCUCGGUGAGACCAAGUGUCUGGCGCAGGUGUCGUGCGAGUUGGCCGAACCACGGUUCAUCCGGCAGAAUGAAGGCAACCUUUUCAUCAAUGUUGAGAUUAGCGACAUGGUGUGCAGCAAUUUCGAGACGGGGCAGCAGUCGCAUUUACAAGCUCAUGCCAACCGCCUCCUUGAAAAAUGUUUCAAAGACGCGAGGUGCAUCGAUCUCGAAGCACUCUGCAUAAUCUCCGGCGAACAGGCUUGGGAAAUCCGUGUCGAUGUGACUGUUCUGAAUUACGAUGGGAACAUCCAUACGUGCUGUUCUGUCGCUACGCUAGCUGCUUUGGCCCACUUCAGGACCCCUCGAGUCACCGUCGAAGAUUCAGUGGUCAUAGUUCAUUCUCUGCGCGAGCACGAACCUCUACCUCUCAGCCUGCACCAUUUUCCAGUUCUCAUGUCGUUUGCUGUUUUUAAAAAGGGGACUGUGACAGUCGUCGAUCCCACGGAGCUGGAGGAGAAGGUGAGCGAAGCCGAGCUCGUCGUCGGCGUGAACAGCUAUUAUGAGCUCUGUGGAAUGCACUACCGGGGAGAUGGGAUUGCCGACGGCGGACUCAUUGUCAGUCGUGCUCAUGAUGCAGCAGAAGCGGGGCUUAAAAUAAUCAACACGGUCAAGGCUUGUCUUGAGAAAGAUUCGGCAUUGAGAUCUGCGGGUAAAGGAAAAACCCCAGGGCUGACAGAAAUAAUCGAUCUUGAUAGAAUUUUGUCCGCCUGCCAAGAUAGAAACUCAGUUAAAUUGACUGUAAAUAGCAUUGGACAGAGUUUGAAGGGGUUACGGUUGAUGGACACCGGGGGUGGUGAUUCUGAUGAGGAGGGUGAAGAGAGUGGUGAGUCUUCUUCUUCUGAGGAAUCCAAAUACAAAAAAAAUUACGCUUCUGUCGACAAAAGAAAAGGAGUAGUUCUCAAACCCAUGGAAGCUGAUCGAGUUUUGAAGCAGUGGGUUCCUACUGGCACAAACAACUCAUGGGAUGUUCCAAAUGCAGUAAUUGAUGAAAGUGCUGUAAGUAGUGAAAGUGAUGAUGACAAUGAUGUCAAUUAUGUAAGAACGAUUACUGAUGAAGAUAGGAUAAUAGACAAAAUUGAAUUGAGCGGUGAGAGCGAAGAAGAAGAAGUGGUCGUUCUUAGGGGAAAUGAUAUGACCUAGAGAAUCAUUGGAAAAUGAUGAUCGGUAAAGUUUUGUUCAACAAACUGAAACAAAGGCAAAUAAUCCUUUUCAUUAAAACAUUUGAAUUAUUGUAAAUAAAAUUUUGUUUUUACAUA